UAUUACUCUGAACAGCUGGUGCUAGAGCACGAUUUGACGUGGUUUCUGUUGUCCGUGUUUGAGUUAAUUUUUCAUUGAACCUCGGCCAAAGAAAAAAUCUAAACAUGCUUGGACCAUAAAGAUAAUAUAAUUAUAUAGAAAGAAACUGGAGAGUCAUUGUUAAUAUACAUAAGCAAAGAUGAGUCAGAAGCCAGUUGACAGCAUAUUGUAUGAGCUUCUUGUUUAUUCGGAAUGGAUUCGAGAACCAGAGAUUUUGCUGAAGCUAACGAAGCCUCAAAGUAAACUGGUAAAAUUUGCUACCCACCCAUGGAUGUUGAAAGAAUUGAUCCCAAGGGCGGAGACAGUAAAUGAUAAAAUUGCAAGACUAAUUUCUGCAAGACUGCCUUGGCAGUUUGCUGUUGGUGAGGAUGGAAAAGUUGUCGCAGUCAUUGAAGAUACAAUGCUGGAGAUCAGAACUUCAAGAGAUGAAUACUCUUCCGUAAUUGGAAAAGCGUCAAUUGCCAGAGAUCACUUUCCACAGUACAGGAAAGCAGUUUGGAGCCCAGACUGUAGCUUACUGGCGUGCGCUUUCAGCUCUGGUAAAAUUGGUCUUUAUGACCUUCUUGGCAGCAACAUUCUUAACAUUGAGCCUAAAGUUCCUUCAAACGAAGAGUGGCCUAACGCGAAUGAAGCAAUCAGUGGGAUAUUGUUCCUGGAGGACAGAGUCAAGAGUCCAAAGUGGUCUUACGAGCUAAUCGCCAUUGACUACAAAGGAAACUUGAGGAGUUUUUUGGUGUCCCCAACUGAAGGCUUCCGAGAACACCAUACAUUCAACUUUGCAUCAUACUACAGGAAUGGCAUCACCACCGUCAGUCUACUCCAACCAGGAAACCUCCUGCUGCUCGCUGGUCCCUCCGAUAUUCAGAUGGACCAGAAGGGAAGGGGUAGCAGUGCAGGCAUUUCCGCCUGGAGAGUGCUCAGCGACCACCCUUACUACAGUCCGGCGUUCUCAAGUGAGGAAGACCUGCUCAACAUCCAGGGCCCUAGAGGCAUUUUGAGUUGGCUACCUUCAUUCCGAUCUAGUCAGCAGCCCUCGGAGGAAUCAAAAGCUGAAAGCGACGUAUUGGCAAUGCGAGUUUCGCCUCAGAGAAAGUAUUUAGCUUGCAUCCACACAUCUGGUGCUAUAUCUCUAUGGUACAUUCCCUCUUUGCGGCUCUUCAAACAUUGGAACUUGCGCGACCAACCUGACCACAAUGUCAUUAACCCACAAAUAAUUCAGGGAAUUCAAGAUAAAACCAAAUAUAAUGAAAACUGCAUUGACUACCUUCCAGUGGACAUCUGCUGGUGGUCAGAAAAUGUGCUCAUAAUUUCAAGAUACUCAGGUGCCGUCAGCGUUUGCUCAAUCUCCGACUUGCAGAAUUUGCUUGGCGAGUCUCCAGAGUUCUUUGCUGGGUGUCCUCAAAUUUCUGCAGCAUAUGGGGAUGGGAAAGGGUUUUUGAGUUUGGAAUGCGAGGUAAAUUUUACCAGGAAGAAAAAGUCGCAGUUUGAUGACUCUUUGGAAGAGGAAGAACUGGACGAAGGGAUUAGCAGUGAUGAAGCUGAUAUCAGUCAAGACGCUUCUAUGUUGGGCAGAGGUGCUGGAGCUGUCAAAGCUGCCCUGUACUGGGCCACUGACAGUGAUAAAUUCAAACCACCCAGGGCCAAUCCAAAAAUAAUGAAACGCACAUAUCGAUUGCUAGGACUCAAAAGCACAACUCCUGAAGAACUUUAUUCCAGAAAAAUUGACAAUGAAGAAUAUGGUGAGGCUCUGCAGCUUGCUAGAGCGUAUGGAUUGGACUGUGAUUUAGUCUACCAGAGGCAGUGGCGCAGUCAGAAAGUUUCAGUUGCUACCAUUCAUGACUACCUGAGCAAAAUUAGUAAAAGGUCUUGGGUUCUGAAAGAAUGCGCUGAGAGAGUUCCUGAAACCGCUGCUGCUGCGAGGGAACUUUUGCAAUUUGGCUUGCAUGCCACAAGCAAAAGAGUUUUGUUUUCUGUUGCCACUAGCAGCGAAGAAAGUAUGACUGGGCUUGAGCUGAAAGAGUCAGUUGAGGAUUCUGAGGAUUAUGAGGAUGUCAACACAAGUGACCUCUUGCAAGAGGAUCUAAACGUGGAGCAGACUGAUAUAAUUCAAAGUCGACAGAAACUAUUGAGAUACAUGGAUAUGCUGUCCACUUAUGAGCUGAUUUUGGGCAAAGAAAGUGAUGUUUUGUACAACCUGGACUUUUAUGCCAAGUUUCGCAUGCAGUCGCCAUUGAAGUCUGCAAUUGAAUUCGCAAGAAAUGGCAGCUGGCAGGCUGUAAGCACCAUGCUCACUUACCACAGCCACUGUCUCAUGAAGCACAGGCUUCCAAUCAUCUCCAACUUGCCUGAAACAAUUGACCCUCAUGAUUAUAGAUCAUUGCUACCUGAAUGCGACGAGGAAGAAGUUGUUCCUUGGAUCACUGAUAUUCUCAGGGACCAAGAUUGGUGCGAAACAUUCUACUUCAGAAUGGAGGAAGAUGAUGGGAAAAUCAUGUAUGAAGAUGAUCCUUCGCUGUUGGAAUUCGCAGAACCAGUUUUGGACAAGGAUCUCGUUGGCAGGUGGUAUGUAGCCAGAGCUACCGCAUUGGAAGAGCGGAGCAAAAUGGUUGACCAUGCACUCAGUCUGAUCAGUCUUGGCCAAGCUAGAGGAGUUCCGGGCCUUGAGAGUUUGUUUGGAGAGCUGUCAACCCUUGAAAUGCUGGUCUACGAAGUUCAAGUUGAGGAACUCAGUUUGAGCGGUCUCCGGAAAUAUAAUGAUUUGGAACAGGCGCACUUGCUUGUCAGCAAGUCCACUUCAGACUCAUUCGUCAGUGAUUGCAAAAGUGUUCUCCUGCCUCAUUUGAUGAGGUGUGAGGCAAAGCAGCCAGGAAGAAAAGUUGAGCUCUUUCAUAACCUUCUAGUGGACAUCAGCAGAUCUAGUUUGGUUCUACCUCUACAGGUGUUUCGUCACUUUAAAAACGACAGUCCUUGUGAACUCAUAAAAUCAGAGCAGGACGUAUUGUCUCUUGCUUUGGACUGCAUCUACGCUUAUCCUGGCACUGAUCAGCUUGACAUUGCCUUGCAGCUCAUCAACUGCCUUCCUGAGAAGAGUUAUGGGGAAAAGAGCAAAGAGAUCUUGGAACUGUAUAACCAAAUAGACAGAAUGCAUGGACAUCUUAUUGCUGCAGAAAUUCUUAGUCAUCAUGCUAAUCUCUCAAUGCCGAUAUUUAAAUUGAGAGACAUGGGCAGUGAUGAAAAGUCCUCUUUCAUGACUUUGACUCAAAUGGCGCGAUCACUGACUAAAAGAACUCCAACCGCGACCCAAUCUCAAUGGAGCGCGCUUUUGACAGAUAUGCUCAGUCUGCAAGCGAAAGUUUUUUCAUGUAUCGAACUUGAAAAAUGUUUUGAGAUCUACGCAGAAACCCUUCUCGCUUCUGGACACAAGGCAAACAUUAGAUAUGCUGGCUCAAUCAUGGAGUGCAGCAAAAGUGAGUGUCACGAGGGAAACGAGCAGAAAAUUCGCUAUGACACCAGUGUCGCUCUGAUAUUGAAAGCAUCUAGGGAGUAUUUUGACUCGUCAGAAAGUCUAUCAGACAGCAGCAUGGACUAUGCAAAAUCCUGCCUCUUGCUGAUUACUGAUGAAAACGAUGAGAUUAAAGAAGAACUGGACCUAAUCGCCUCUCUGCAAAUUUUGAAAGAUUUUGGCGUUUCGACUCUCCCAAUUCAAGUUCGCCUGACUCCUAACAAACUGAAGUUGCUGCGAGACUGUCUAAAAGCAAGGGCAACCGCUUAUAGAAAUUCUCAGCGCCUUCUUCAAUUGGCUAACUUUCUGCGAAUCUGCAAAGAAGAUCCGCGUGCAAGGGAGGCUUCAGUGCUGAAUCUCAUUGCUGAAGCUGCUCUCAAUGCGAAUGAUUACAACUGCUGCGCUGACGUCUGUCAAAAAAUGAUGGACAAAAGCCACUCUUCUGGCUGGAAAAUCGCAAGGAAGCUUUCAGAGUGUGAAGACUACCUUGAUAUUUCUGUCAAGCGUCGACUCUUGGCUUUUGCCACUCUGAAUUGUGAGCCGUCAGCUAUGCAGGAAUUAAUCAAACAAAGCCAAAAGUUGGAGUUGCAAAUGCUGCAUGAGCGCAUUGGUAGUAAGAUGGCUGAUGGUGCUGUUAGCAGUUUCUCCGCUUUGAGUCCAACCAAUGAUGAUUUCUGUGAUGCUCUAUCAUCGCCUGAAGUUGAACGGAAAGAGUUCACAAUCAUUCCAAAAAUAAUCCAGCAAUCUGCAUCUGUACUAAAAAACAAGACAAGAAAUGUUCUUCAAAACAUAGGGAAUGAGACUUACUGGAAGUCGGCAUUUGACUGGCUUCCUCAAACAGGAAAUGAGCGGAGCUCAAUCACAGACAGAGUGUUUACACAAGGCUUCCACACUUUUUACUCGAAUCUACACGGCCCAAAGUGUCACGAGAGUGGCUUAGGCUACCAUUAUGACAGCUUUGCUAUGCAAACCAUCGACCCGACCAUCGACCUGUUGAUUUCCAUAGUCAGAGUUUCCAUAUUGGAAGAAAUUUCUGACAAGGACACGGAAGAUGUGGGAUUGAAUGAUGACAUAAUUCUGAAAGCCGCCAAGAGUGUGUUGCCAGAGGAUUUCCACCUUGGGCUGUGUCUUUUAACUUCACUCAAAGAUCUCUCCCAAGCAAAAGAGCUGUUUCUGCAGUUGCCUCGCUCAAUUGUCACUUUGCAAACUGCUGCAUAUUAUUUUGCACUAAAAGUAUGCCUGGAGGAGCUAUCAAAUGAGGAUUUUGAAGCCAGAAGUGAUGCUUCUCUUACAGACCCCUUCCAGUUGAUACAUUUAGUGAACCAAAACAAGAUUCCAGGCUGCAUACCGACAGACAUAAGCACUGAAGCGAGGAAGUUGCUCGCGUCGUUCAUAGCACUGCAAGGGGAGUUUUUGCAAACUCUACAACUGCAAAGCUUGAACUGCGGAGUUGAUCCACUAAGAUUUUCUCAUGAUGUCCAAUACAGACACGACUCGAUUAUAGGCUUGGCCAUGACCGAUGACAUUGAACAACUUGAACUGGCACAAAGUCUUGCUGAAAAAUAUGAAAUACCUCCUUCACAAUUGGCGGUCUCUUACCUCACUCAUCUGCUGCUUGAUGAAAGAGGAGUCAACCAUGAGAAAUUGAUGGACGCAGUGACAGAACAAGAAGAGCACCUUUCGCCAGACAUAAUUGGGCAACUUGAAAAUCAGGUCUUGCCUCAUAUUGCUGGCACAGAUCAUCUGCGUCUUGUCAGCUACUACACUGUGCUUCAAAAAAUCAGUGAUUCCACCCUUUACUAUGGCUUGCCACCAAGUCACCACAUAAAACUGAUUAAAAAAGUCAAAGCUACCUCAAACGACAUUGACUAUAAAGUUUUAAGCUCCAAUCCAGAUGAGGUGCUUCCAAUGCUUGCCAAAAUUCUAACUCAGGAUAAUAUUUUGAUGGUGACAAAGCUGUUGAGAACACUGCCAGGAGCUCUCAGGUGCACAAUUCAACCAGGAGAACUCUACAGAGCGUGGAUGCUGAAACUAUUCUUUCAAGUUUCGAAAAAUUCAACAGAUGAGCAGUGGCAAGGAAAGUUCAACAUCUGCAAAGAGCACUUUUCUAAGCUCAAUGCCUCAGAGUUUGAGGAUGUGGCUGCUGAAUUGAUUUUCUCUAGAGACGCAUACAACCACAUUUCAAGAAUUUGUAGGCUUGAGUUCUUAGCAGAAAUGCUUAAAUUUUGUCGGGGGCGUCAGCAAAUAGAGGAGUGGGGUGCAGUUGCCUCUAAACUUCAAACUUGGAAUGACCACCUGGAGCUCUAUACAGCUGACGUUUUGGAGAACUUAACCUCUGCUCAGUCAUCAGAAUAUGCAAAACGCAUGGAAAUGUCUCGUGGAGAAGAAGCUACAGUGGAAAUAAUUGUGGAUGAGAUCAUUCUUUGUGAUUUGCCGCUCUCAUUGGUAUCAACCCUACUGUCACUAAGAACAUCUGACCUUUCUUUAAGCGCCUACCUGACGAAAAAACUGCAGCAAGCUCGAGAGUCGGCGCGGUGGGACCUUGUUUGUGCUUCAUUAAAAAGACUGAACCAGCUAUUCAGGGAAGUGCCAGACCUGCAGCUUGACAAGCAACUUCUCAAGGCUCAAAUCGAACCAUUAUGUGCUGAUCCUGACAUUGAUCCAGCGGUGCGUCUGCAAGCAUUAAAAAUUACUCCAAGAAUCGCAAGGAAAUCAACAGAAGACACAGCAGAUGAGGUUGAUGGAAAGAGCUGUGCUUUGUACACAACGCAGGCUGUGCUCGCUUCUGCCUGGCCAAACUCGCAAGAAGUUUCUGUAAAGGGCGAAGACCUGGAGAGUCCGCAGACCAGGAACAAGCUGUUUGACUCUUUGCUGAACGAGGCCAGGUCCUGGCAACAACUGGUAGCUCUCAGUGAGGUUCUUAAGGCUUGGCAUCUUGCUGGACUGGAGUGCAGUGAUCUGUGGACACAGUUGGUGCCGAAAAUGCUUGAGUCUAGGGAAUGUUCCGAAGGAGAAAUUUAUGAACUGCUCCACGAUAUUGUCAGGACCAAAGCAAUGCCGUCAGAGGGGCUUCUUGAGCUUAUCCAACCCAUGCAAGAUAUUGGCCACAAGUUGCAGCUGUACUUGCUUAACGAAGACGCAAUUUUGAAGGAACAGGCAGUGAUUUUGUUUGAAAAUGAGGAUGCUGACUGGGAGGUGAUUGUGAACUCUGAUUUAAUUACAAUGCUACUGGAAAGGAAUCUGGUCAUCAAUGUGAUUUCAACACCAGUUUAUCCAUACAUUCUGGCAUUUUUGCUGAAAGAGGAAGCUACAGAGCAAAUUGAAGAAGUGGUUGAGUGUCUACUCCGAGCCGGCCAUAAAGCUGAAGCUGGUUCCCUUCUACUUCAGGCCAAAAGAGUGCCUGCUGCCCUUUCCACUUUUUCCAUGACAAUGGGGUCUCUUGGGCAUCUAUUUCGCCUCAAAUAUUAGUCCGCAAUUUGUGUGCAUUGAAUUGGAAUAUUUUUGGCUUUUUUACACUAUUUAUUCUUAAUUUAUAAAGCCUAUAAUUCUAGAAAUUUAAUUGUUAUCUACGUUUUUAAGGAAACUGGUGUUAUUCAGUGCUCUUUUUCUUAUGCAUUAUAUGUAUUGUGCUAAGAUGUAUUUCAAUUUUGUUGCAUGUCGUUCCUCUUUUUGUACUCUUCAAAAUAUAUAUGAAAUGUUUAAUAAUGAGGGUCGCAUCCUCUAAAAUUCA